AAGAAUAUAAAAUUGCACUUUUUAACUUUUUAAAAAAUUUGAGUUGUUCUUCUACAUACUUAUCUUCCUCCAACUCCCCUUGCGUUGCGCACAUUCUUGGCAAACAAAAUGCUGAAACCUUCCUCUAUCUCUCCUCCUCUUUUCCAUAAAUUCUAUCACCUUCUUUUUUACCUUUGAAACUUUUCAAAGUUAAUUAACUAAACUUUGAUUCUUCAUCAUCUUCCUAUAUAUGGGGGCUGCUUUUUCUGGUUUUGGUGGAGAAUUGUCUUCUUCAGAUCAGCCUAGUCUAGGUGACGUGCCUGAAAGUUGCAUCUCCUCAAUUCUGAUGUACUUGGACCCGCCGGAGAUAUGUAAACUCGCCAGCUUGAACCGGACCUUCCAUGCUGCUUCUUUAGCUGACUUUGUUUGGGAAACCAAGUUGCCCUGUAACUACAAGUUUCUGGUUCAAAAAGUUUUGCAACAAAGUCCUCAGCUUUUAAGCAAGAAACUUAUUUAUUCCAAACUCUGUCGACCUAAUUGCUUUGAUGGUGGCACCAAGCAAGUUUGGUUGGAUAAAAGUAGUGGCAAGAUGUGUAUCUGUAUAUCAUAUAAGGCUUUGAGAAUCACAGGGAUAGAUGAUCGGAGAUAUUGGAAUCAUUUGUCGUCGGAGGAAUCCAGGUUCCAAACAAUUGCAUACCUUCAACAAAUAUGGUGGUUUGAAGUAGUUGGAGAAUUGGAGUUUGAAUUCUCACCGGGGACAUACAGCUUCUUCUUCAGAAUCCAAUUAGGCAAACCAUCCAAAAGAUUCGGACGGCGAGUUUGCAACAACGAGCAAGUUCAUGGAUGGAACAUCAAACCCGUUCGGUUUCAGCUAUCCGCAUCCAACGGUCAACGCGCCUCAUCGGAAUGUUACUUGCAUGAGCAACCAGAUUGGGUGUACUACAAAGUUGGAGAUUUUACGGUUGACAACAAGAAGACACACAUCAAGAUGAAAUUUUCUAUGACUCAAAUUGAUUGUACGCACACAAAAGGUGGGGUGUGCCUCGACUCUGUGUUCAUAUGGCCUACUCAGUUUAAGCUCCAAUUUUAACACUAAAUUUACAUGGCUAUCAAGGAUAGCUAGUGUAAAUGUUGUUAACUAACGCCACAGAAAUCAUUAAUUUAGAACUAAAUGUUGUUAACUAGGUUUGCAUAAGAAUAUUUGGUUGAGUAAAGAAAUAUAGGUGUGAAUCUUUUUAUAAAUGUGUAGCAACAUGUUUGUUGGAAUUGUACAAAUUCAUUGGUGUAUUUUGUUUGGUUU